GGGGACUCUUAUUUUGAAGUGUCGGCAGGCGGCAGUCUGAUAGCGGAAGUUCGUGCUGUAAGUGCUGCAGUUCAGGCGGAUCUCGUCCGUGUCUGAUCUCAAACUUUGUGUCAAACCCGAAAAACACCCGGAAUCAGGUGAUAUGGGGGAUAAGGAGUUGAUGUGGGCUCUAAAGAACGGGGAUCUGGAUGAGGUGAAGACUCUAUUAGUCAAGGCUGAGGAUGUGAACAGGACUCUGGAGGGAGGCAGGAAGCCUCUUCAUUAUGCUGUAGACUGCGGUCAGGCCGAGAUACUGGAGUUUCUGCUGUCUAAAGGAGCCGAUGUCAAUGCUCCAGAUAAACACGGCAUCACCCCGCUGCUGUCCGCUACUUAUGAGGGUCACGUGGCAUGCGUCAAGAUUCUUCUAGAAAAGGGUGCGGAUAAGGAACGGAAAGGUCCUGAUGGUCUGAGCGCAUUCGAGGCGGCCGAGAGCGAUGCCAUCAAAGCGCUACUGAAGUGAGUCACGCUGGCGGCAGCAGAGAGGGUCCGACCGCAGCCACUGGAUCCAACACACACACACACACACACACCUCUCUGUGUCUGCCUGCGGGCUGCAUACAACUCUAGGUUUACUUUUGUUUUUGUUUUGUUAUUCUCCAUGAUCUUUUUUUAUUUUGGGAGGUGGGUGGCUCUCUAGUUUAUGGGAAUCAGCCAUUGGUUGAUGGACCUGUCACUCGUGUCAUGCCUCCCUUACGGACCAAUGGGAAAGCGGUCAGACUACGGUUGUAUAACACCACUAAACACGGACUUUAGAGUUCAGACUACAGCGUAAAGACUCAAGAGUAGAAACAAAUGUGUAAGAUGUGUACAUUUUUCGGACUGUAAGGCCACAAAAAGACGUGACUGUAAUUUUAAAAGUGAAUGGUUGUAUAGUUAAUGGGUCUUUUUGAAAACAUUUGAACGAUGAAUUUACCUGCACUCCAAUCCUCCUCAUUAUCUUAUUCACAACAACGGCAUUCCCGCAGUCCUCAUAUUAGCUGUUCUGAGAACAAAGUAAUAACUCACUGGCCUGAACAUUUGCUUUUGUGCCCCUGCUGUUAAUAAAGAUGAAUUCUCAGCUGCUGUGUGCUUGUGUUAAACCGUUUAGCCAGAUGAGUGGAUGCCUGUCUCUCUCUCUCUCUCUAGAGGUGGACAUGUCUUACUCUUCAGAGCUGUCUCUCUUUCUCUCUCUGCAUGAUGGUAUUUCAGCUUUUCAAUACAGCCUUGAAAAGAACCUUCACAUUGAUCUACAAAUUAACAUUUUGAAUCUGGCAUUGUUGUGAAAAGUAAGCUUGGAAAAAAAACAAAUAAAACUACUUCAAACAA